AUGCUCCUCAUUUACUUUCUCCUCCUCCAAUCUCUCCUCUCUCCCCCAGGUAACCUGACUCUACCCCUCACACUCCCCGCACAUAUUGAAGUCUCUCUCAAGGUCCAGGACGGAGUGAAAAAAUCGUUCUCUGACCGGACUCUGGUCCAAGUCCCCAGCGGGAGUUCCCUCCUAGAAGCGCUGGAGGAGGCAGAGAAGCUCCUACCAACGAGAUUCAGUUUUGAAUGCCAGACAUCUCUCUAUGGGCCCUUCCUCACUACCAUGCAGGGUCUACAAGCCUCCGAGAAAGGGCAAACUUACUGGAAGCUACUGAGCGGAUCCAUUCCUCUCCAGCAAGGAAUCGCUGACUACAUCGUUCGAGAUGGAGAACACAUUGUUAUAAUCCUAACCAAGCAAAGAGGUCAUGGCUGUCUCUGUAUGAAUGAAUGA